GCCCACCACAUGCUCUUUUCACGGUACCACCUCAAUAAGCAGAGCACCCCAAGAGUUGCUGGUAGCAGCACACACACAAACUAACAAUGGCGAUGGGAAGGAUGCCCAUACUCGUCGCCGUGGCUCUCAUGGCCGCAGCGGCCUCCUGCAGCGCAAGGGAUCCCAACAUCCGGAUGCCGAUGGCGGAGGUUGAAGCGACUGCCAUGGAUGACGCCGUGGGGCCGCACAUCCACGCGCUGCGGCCGCUGCUGGGCUCCGGCGGGCAGCUCGGGAGCCGUGGCGGCGUGCCGUGCGACAGCUGGCGGCUGGGCGUGGAGGCGUACAACGUGCGGGACUGGAAGAUGGUCCCGGCCAACUGCGAGGGCUACGUCGGCCACUACAUGCUCGGCAGCCAUUACCGGCGCGACUCCAAGGUCGUCAUCGACGAGGCCAUCGCCUACCUUGAUAGCCUCAGGCUCGCCGGCAACGGCAAGGAGGUGUGGGUGUUGGACAUCGACGAGACCAUGCUCUCCAACCUACCGUACUACGCCAUCCACGGCUUCGGGGCUAGGCCGUACAACGCGACGAGCUACCGUGCGUACGUGCGGAAGGGAAGCGCGCCCGUGCUACCGGAGACAAAGCGGUUGUACAACAAGCUGCUCGCAGUGGGCAUCAAGCCGGUGUUCCUAACAGGCCGGACCGAGGACAAGAGGGCUAUCACGGUUGCCAAUCUCCGCCGCGAAGGCAUCUAUGGAUGGAUGAACCUGCUGCUCAAGCAACCAGGGUUCAAGGGCUCCGCGGUGACCUACAAAUCUGGCGAGCGGCAGAAGCUGGUGGACGCUGGGUACAUCAUCGUCGGCAACAUCGGCGACCAGUGGAGCGACAUCCUCGGCGCCCCCGAGGGCGCUCGCACCUUCAAGCUGCCCGAUCCCAUGUACUACAUUGGCUAGGACUGCAGUCAUCGAAUGCUCGUGGUCGAAGAAUAAGCUCCAUCCUCUCAAUAAUUAUACACAUGCUCCAUGCAUGAUCACCUAUGUUGUUGUUGCUGCUUGGUUAGUUUCCUAAGUUGAGAUCAAUUGCUACUCACAAUAAAAUGUACUCCCUCCGUUCUUAAAUAUAAGUCUUUGAAGCGAUUUCA